AUGUCUGCAACAACAGCAAAGAAGCCAGAGCGAAUCAUUCGUACGGUUGUGCCAGGAAAUCGAACGCUUGAAGAAAUUUACGAGGAAGAAGCUCGUGAAAUUGUUGACGAAGCCAUAGAAAAUGCUCGUCGGCGCUUUUCAGUUUAUGCUGGUGGCUCUUUAGCAAGAGACGGAGAAGCUCCUGAAGGAAAAGAUGAUGAACCAACAACAGACCCUGAAACAGGAUACGAGAUACCGAAUAUUAAAUGGAUGACUGCGGAUAGCUUUACCGUUGCAGGGGGUUUAGAAAAGAUUGAAGAAUUUAUUGAGGUAAGUAAGCUUAUAAAGCUCAGCUGUUUUAUACAGGUAGUUGGUUAGCGCUAGCUACUAAAGCAGGAAGCUGGUUUUUCCUUAUCUUCUUCCCAUUUCCUUGGUGGGAUGGGUUUCGCCCCCAAUGAAGUUUCCAUUGCUGUUCUCCAAAGAAACUGCCAGUGAAAAAAAAAAUAGAAAUGCAGGCUACAGAGUAGCCUGCGCGCAGACGAGAUUAAACUCUGGUUAACUCCGUCUAUCGUCUGCACGCAGGCUAGCUACAGAGCUUCAUUACUAGAUUGCACAAUACAUAACUGUUGAUAAAGGAAAGGCUUGAAUCUGGUCCUAGAGAUCCUCAGUUUGUCAAUGUGCUGUUUGCUUGGCAAUAAAUACUGACAAUGAUUCAACAUGAUAUUAACAUUAGCAGUGACCAAUAUCUUGCAGACAUGGGAGCGUGACGGCAGCUGGCUUUACUGUAUUGACUUUUUAAGAGAGGAAGAACAUCCCUACAGUUGGCGAUACCGCUAUGCUGUUAAGUGGAGUAUACCAACCAGAAGAAAGCCAAUCCCAAGAGCAACUGCUUCAGUGUACAUUACCAUUGAAGUUAGCAAAUUUAAGCCAAAGGUAUGGUAAAUACCAUGUACUUAUUAACUGAAUGGGAGGGCUGGAUGAGAAAAUAUUUGGCUUGUGGCCAGGACGCACGGACCUCGUACAGUCAAUAAGCAUUUUAUCAUAUGGCCGUUAAGCUUUUUGAAUUUUUUAGCCUGCGCAGCAAGCGUUUCCGUUUGGUUUCGGAGUAAAGAAAGACUGAGGAACGGGAUUCUCGGUUUUGGCCACACAAGAAAUGAAACAAGAGCCAAAAAAUGAAAGAUGGGGGAGGGGGAGGGGAAGGAAGGAAAUGCUUGAAGACAAACCCCUCGAUUUUGAAAACCUGCGUUCGCCAGCAAAUGCAGUGCCUGAUUGGUUCAGCUAGUCAAACAAUAUUGACAUGUGUCGAUCAAAGGUUUGUUUCAUACUGAGAGGACGGUAACGUACGUGACACGUAUGUUUUAUUUUCAGUGGUUGUUGUUUAUUCUGGUCAGCAAGAUUUGCCCUGCAAUGCAAGGACAUUUUCUUUGUCCUCUUUAGAAACGUAAGGCUCGUCUUGCGACUAAAUAAGGGUUUCAGGUCGUUUAAUUUAUUCUCCAAAGUGCCUCCUGGAUCUCAAUAAUAACUUUCUUUUGUUCGCGAAAUUAUUAUGCAGGGCCCAGCUCAUUAGUGUCUUUUUUGAGGGAUGUUGAAUUCUCUCAGAUGGUGAUUUACAGACAGUUAGACGGAUUAGAAAUACAAAUGUCCUAAGCCUGUAUUGAUUGUUCAGAUUCAAUGAUAUUUCAACAUAAACGCUGUCCACGUGUUACAAAAUACAAAAAAUAUAUUUUGGGUUCACAUACGCGUCCUCUGAAGUUCAUUUUCGCUCCACUAAAAGCCAAACAUUUUAUUGGUCAAUUAUGACAGCUGAUGACAGCAUCAAAAUUAAUGUUAGUGUGCGAACUCAGGCAUGACAGGCCAAGUGGGCGGUUUUCAAAAUCCCGGCGUUUGUCUGCAAGCGUUUCCUUCCUUUCUUCCCCACCCCCUCCCCGCUCUUUUACUUAUGCCAUUUUUUGCGCAGUCUUUGACUCUCGUCCCUCGUUCUUUGCUCCUAAACCGCACGGAAACGCUUACUAUGCAGGCUAGAAUUUUUUUGACGGAGUGAACCUGCAUCGAUCAGGCCUUAUCGCUUGAUACAUAUGGUCCUCAUACCGGACUUUAUUCAUAUGGUUUUCCAAUGAAAUUGCACACAGGGCCAUAUGAGUCAUAUGAUACAUUAGUGGAGUGAAUGUGGCAUAAUUUGCUGAGAAGCAGAGGUGAUAUACCUAACAACUAUUGAAUGAGGUUGAUUAUGAUGUGAAGAAUUUUGCAGAUUGAGGAGUACAUUUAUGUUGUUAGCCUCCAUGGUUAUAAUGAUAACAGCACAUCAUACGAAAGCCAAAUUCAGUAAUUGUUUUAAUAGUUAUUCAUUCAAAAUUAUUUCUAAGUUCUUAACAAGCUUACCUCCUUGUAGAUCAACUUUCUUCAAAAUUUUGGCCUGUUUCUUGGCACGGUUUCAGGAUAUAAAGAGAAUAACCAGAUGUUUUUUCUUGCAGAUACUCCUCUAAAAGUAGUUAACAUCCACUGAGCAACAUUAUUUGUACAUUCUUGCAUUUCUUCCAUUUGGUUUUAGUAAAAAAUUCAGUUAUUUUGUCCUCAGAUAGCCAUGAGUGCUAUUUUUUUAGUUCACUUUUGCCCCUGCAGCCUCAUUUCCAAUUAAAUAUACCAUCAAUCAACCUUGUUUUCUAAACAAAUAUACCAUUGAAUUGAUGGUAUAAAUUAUAUUAAUACUGCUUGCAUCAUCCAAAUUUGGGAAGCAUCAGUCGGUUAUGAGGAAUUAGGCGGGGGGUUGGAACCAUUCGGAAACAAAAAAAAAAUCACCUUAUUUUGAAUAAUUUAACAUUACUUCUUAAUUAUAUACGUCCUUUCACUGAAAACCUUUCCUGCAUGUGGCUCUUACAACACUCAUGAUGGAAACUGUAAUGGAAACUUUUUUAAAUCACAAACAUUAAUACAAAUGUAUGUAAUCCAUCUUGAAGCACUCAAAUUAUUACCCAACUACAUCUACUAAGAGCAUAAAGCCUCCUGGCUACUUUCUCAGGAAGCAAAUGGGAAAAUAGAACCUAAAGAACUUCCUAGCUCUUUAAUUCCCCACUUACUAAUCACAUAUACCCAGCGACUUGAAAUCUGAGUGACCACCCUGCAUGCAUUUAUGUUUUUGUUUUUGACUGGACUGGCCGCUAAGCUGCCAGCGGGCUUUCAACAUCUCUGUUUCCUUCUCCUGACUAUCAAAAUAUGUAAGAAGUCAGCCACAUUUAUUAUUUUGAUCAAGUUUGAACCUGUUUGAUUUUAGACUUUUCCUGUUGAAGUGUACUAUAUUUUUGAGACACAUCGUUUGGUUCACAGGUAUGUUGCCUUUUCUAUGUCUGUUUUCAUUUCUUUCUUUUUUUUUCUUGUGCCUGGAGUAGUAUCUAGGACAAAAUUGCUUUUAAGACUGGUCGGUAUAAGAACCAAGUAUCUGAUGGCAAGACUCGGACCUGGAAGAUUGCCCAAAGUUGACCAUGCAUCACAUCCAGGUGGUGAAUUUAAGGGUAAGGAAAUAGAGAAAAGUGUGACAUCAUGUUCGAGUUGUAAUCUUGCUGUUCUUGCUGUUUUUUAGCCAGUAGGUUGCCUAAUUCUUCCUGUUGAAAGGAGUGAAAUGUCUGCCAUUUUUGUUCUCACUACCAAAACAACUCAACCUUGUUCCCAGGUUUUCUAUGUUAAUGGUUCAAUAAUCUGCAAUUUUGCUGCACUUUUGAUGUCAUUGGUUCAAUAUGGCAUACAAUAGCUGGUUAUGGUGAAUUAUGGUUGGGAUUUUAGCCAAUCAGAAAAGGAGAAAUAUUUUGAAUGAACAAUAAAGCAGUUUAUCACAAGUAACGUGGGGCUUUAUUACAAGUAUAUGAUAUCAUAUGUACACUGAUUUUCUCUGUUACUUUUAGACCAGGAAAGACCAGGUUCCGCGAGAAAUGGUUAAAGGACAUCAUUGAGAGUAAAAUUCGACUGAUGGAUAUGGUUAAAUUCUAA